AGCAGAACAAGGAUAUUUAUUCCAUGUAACCACCCUGGGAAAAGGAACAAAAAGAUCCAGCGAAAGACCCCCUAUGUCUUUCUUUGGGGUUCCUAUGAGAGAGCCAUGGUCCCUGGGACUAGUACAGCAUCAUCGGGUUUCAAUCCCAUCCUAUUAGAAGAUGGUCUGACAUGUUAGAACUGUUGGAAACCUCUUUCCAGAAGACACAGACGAGAAGGGUGACUUUGUAAAUGAUGGCUCAGACCCACUCCUUUGCCCGAGGAAAGAACGCACAGCGCUCCGCAGAGCCACAGUCUCGCGAGAACGGAAGGAGGACCUGCGAGGCAACCCGAGAUCUCCGAGCGGAGACCGGAAGUGCAGCCUGUCUGUGGGUUUCCGCCAACUCCGAAAGAGCCGUAGUUCGCGAGCUUAGGCGGGACCAUGCUGACUCGGCUGAAAGCAAAAUCAGAGAGGAAGCUUGCAAAACAGAUAUGCAGAGUUGUGUUGGAUCAGUUUGACAAACAGUAUUCCAAAGAACUUGGGGAUUCCUGGAAUACAGUAAGGGAUAUUCUAAUAUCUCCAUCACUGUGGCAAUAUGCUGUCCUCUUCAACCGAUUCAAUUAUCCUUUUGAACUGGAAAAAGACUUAUAUUUGAGGGGCUAUCGAACCCUUCAAGGCUCUUUACCAUAUUAUCCUAAAUCAAUGAAGUGCUACCUCAGCCGAACUCCAGAUCGAAUGCCUUCAGAACGACAUCAGACUGGAAACUUGAAAAAGUACUAUCUCCUCAAUGCUGCUUCUCUUCUGCCAGUCCUGGCUCUGGAACUGAGUGAUGGGGAGGCAGUCCUGGACUUGUGUGCCGCUCCUGGGGGCAAAUCCGUAGCUCUGCUGCAGUGUGCAUAUCCAGGUUAUCUUCUUUGUAACGAAUAUGAUAGCUUGAGAGUGAGAUGGCUGAGACAGACAUUGGAAUCUUUCAUCCCACAACCUUUGAUAAAUGUAAUUAAAGUGUCUGAAUUGGAUGGCAGAGAUAUGGGAGAUGCCCAGCCUGAAACAUUUGACAAGGUGUUAGUUGAUGCUCCAUGUUCAAAUGAUCGAAGCUGGCUCUUUUCCUCGGACUCUCAGAAAGCUGCGUGUAGGAUCCAGCAAAGGAACAAUUUGCCUGUCCUACAGGUAGAACUCUUAAGGUCUGCAAUUAAAGCAUUACGUCCUGGAGGGCUGCUUGUGUAUUCGACAUGCACACUUUCCAAGGCUGAAAAUCAAGACGUGAUCAGUGAAGUCUUAAGUUCUGACAGUAACAUCAUGCCUGUGGAUAUUAGCGGGAUAGCAAGAACUUGCUCCCAAGACUUCACAUUUGCUCCCAGUCACCAGAAAUGCAGUCUUUUGGUGAUUCCUGAAAAGGGCAAAGCUUGGGGCCCAAUGUAUAUAGCCAAACUGAAAAAAAAAAAAAAAUCAUGAGCAUAGGAAAAUGGCACCAUGAAUUUUGUAAGCCAUGUUGAUAUGCUAUUAUAUGUAUAUUUUCUGAGCUUACCACAUGUUAGUAUGUAAAUACUUACAGUCACUUUCCCUAGGACCAUUUGGAAAUUUGAAAUCCUCUUUAGUUAGUACUUCAGCCUCAAAGCUUAGGCUUAAGAAAUUUUCAGGUAUAAUUUUGUUCCCUCAAACUUAUCUAUAGUGAUGAUUUAAAGUGGGACAUAUGGUAUUGUUUGUCUAUAAUAAUUUUUUGUCUUUUAAUUGGGAUUUGAUAGUUAACUAGAAUACAUGGAUCUGAGCAUAAAAUGUUUAGGACUGUAUUCUAAAACAUGGGUGUUUUAUCCUUUAAAAUUGUGUAUUUGCCAAUCCUCUUAACCAUUUCCUCAUCAAAUGUGUAGAUACUUUUUGUGAGAACAAUUGGUACACCAAGGCUAACUUCUUAAGCAGCACAACUUUCUAGUUCUAGCAAAAUAAGUUUCUUAUUUGCAAAGUUGCUUUGUGUUAAGGACUGUCUUCUGUUUACUGCAAAGGUCAGUGACUCUAUUGACACCAGCUUUAUUUCUCCCCAUUUUCUUUUAUUCACAAAUACAAAUUGAAAGGGUAAAUUAUGUUGAAAGGCCUUUAGAAUAGCAGAUUCAUAUGCACGGGUUUGACUUUCGACAUUCAGCUUGUAGAAUAAUGGAAUCUAUCCAGCAGGCUAUAAAGCAAGCACUUGAAGCAAACCCAGAAUGAUUAAUAACGGCAAUAACUGAACUAUAUUUGGAGUGUUUUCUUACAUAAUUGCAGUCAUAAUGAGUACUACAGAAUCUGAUUAUCUUACAGUUGCAAUCUGGAGGGGCUUUUUAUUUCACUUGGUUAUAAAAUGUUAUAUGAGAGUGUGAUGUCACAUAUUAAUGUAGAAGAGGAAGUUGCCUAAUGAGAGUCAAUUGCCCGUUACCAAGACCCCAAACCAUUCAUUGAAUGGCUCCCUCUAUUUAGUCAUAUCUCAUGAGUUUUGUGUGUGCUUAUAUGCUUAAGAUUUUAGAGUCAAUUUUCAAUCAUGAUUUUUUUAAUUUAGAAAUUGAUACACUUACAUCCAAACAUAUAUUUCCAACUGUUUUAAGAAAAAAAAAAAAAACAAAAAAAAAAACAUACUGGUAUACAUGGCAGCUCAUGCCUAUAAUCCCAGCAUUUGGGAGGCUGAGGCAGAAGGAUUAUAAAUUCAGGCCCAGCCUGGGCUGCCUAGUAACACCCUCUUUAAGAAAGAACUAGGGAGGAGGACAAAGGGAAGGAGGGAAAGCCAGAGUGAGAGAGAAAUUUACAAAGCAUAGAAAUUAGCUUUUUACAUUUAAACAAAUUAUUUUUAUCCUAUUUUAUGUGCAUGAAUGUCUUGCCUACAUGUAUGUCAGUGUAUCAAGUGCAUACCUAUUGCCUGAGGAAGUCAGAAAAGGGCUUCAGAUCUCCUAGAACUAGAGAUGUAGAUGGUUGUGAACCACCAUGUGGGUACUGAACCAUGUGGGGAUUGAACCCUAGUCUUCUGCAAAAGCAACAAGUGCUGUUACCUGCUCAGCCAUUAGCCCAAAAUUAACUUAAAAAAUCAACUAUGGGAGCAUAAAAUUCCACUGAUCAAGAAUAGCAUUGUUUGUUCUGUUCAUUAAUCUAUUCAUUACAUACUGGGAGGGCCAGGCCCUCCUCCUUUCACUGUACUGUCUCACCCAAAAUGGAUUGUAAGAGCUUCAAGAUUAGCGGCUGGGCUGCCUGUUAUCCACUAUUCAGUUUCCCACUUAUGCACAAUUCCCUAUUCUCAGAGCAUCAGAGGCUUCACCAGUACUUGGGAAAGAAAAGCCAUUGGGCAGAUUACAGGAAAUCUUAUGGGAAAAAGGGGAUAUAGAAAGACAUGGAGGGGCAGGAGCUCCACAAGGAGACCAACAAAGCCAAAAAAUUCUGAGCUCAGGAAGUCCUGCAGAGACUGAAGAAUCAACCAAGGACUUAGCAUGGAGAGGACCUAGACCCCCUGCUCAGAUAUAGCAUGUGGGCAGUUCAGUCUCCAUAUGGGUUCUCUAGUAAGUGGAGCAGGGGCUGUCUCAUGACAUGGACUCAGUGGCCAACUCUUUGAUCACCUCCCCCUUGGAAGGUGGCCUAACUAGGCCACAGAGAAAGGGGAUACAGACAGUCCUGAUGAAACCUGAUAGGCUAUGGUCAGAUAGGAGGAGGAGGUCCUCCCCUAUCAGUUGGACUAUUGGAGGGACAUAGGGGGAGAAGAGAGUGGAUGGGUGGGACUGGGAGAUGAUGGGGGAAGGGGGGAAGGCUACAGCCUGGAUACAAAGUAAAUAAAUUGUAAUAAGUAAACAAAUAAAUUUUAAAAAAGAAAUAUUUCAGUCCUUUUCUGAGAAAGUGUGUCUUGUGAUUGUAAUACUAAGGUAUCUCUCUCAGGUAUGUUGUGCCUCCCUCUCCACACAGGUGGUGAGCUGAAGGACAGAAAUUUGGGCAGCCUUGCAAUGUCAACUGAAACCUGAAAAAUAAUUGAUGCUGCUUUCUGUGGGAUGCAGUCACUUUCAAAACAGCUUCAUAAAAAUUUAGGUUACCUACCAACAUAUUACCUUCUCCCUGCCAUCAGCACACUGAACAGCCACUAGUUUCACAAAUAGACUAAGAACAAAUGUAAUGCAUUUAAAUGGUUUGUACUAAAUUUUUAAAGUAUAAGAUACCAUUUGUGAUUUGGCGUCAAGGUGGCCUACUGUUCUUUAUCCUAUUACAUAUAUCCAUUUAGCCUUAUACUUAAAUUACAUAUUAUUCCCUUAGUGGUACUGUGAAAAAUAUGCUUUCAUAUAACGUAGGUAGAUAUAAAAUAACGGCUACCUGAAUAUACGGUACAUGAAUAAAUAAUCAAGGCCUAAUAGCCCUUUAUUCAAGAAGCCUGUAUUCCUGGUGAGAGCAUGAGGUCAUCUGCAUAGGCUAAUGGAAGUCAUCUAAAUACAAGAGAAAAUCGGAACAAAUAGUGACAAUUGUAUUACAUGCCAAGAAAUCCUUUGAUGCAAUUGAAUGGGACUACUUGUAUCAUGUGUUAGGUAAAUUCGGCUUUAGGGACAAAUAGAGCAGAUAGCACAAUUUAUUUUCAGCUCGUUUAUGUGGUUCAAAUCAAUGGUUUACAGUCUCCCUUUCCUGGCUUAUUGCUGCACUGGGGUUGGAAGCAAGGAUGAGGCCCAUUCCUGAUGUUCCUCUACAGGCUGACAGUGGUAUUUAUAAUAUCACCCUAUCCAGGGGCACCUACCAAAGACUCAAAUGGAGGCUCACAAGUUAAAUACUGUAUGCUGAUAGUCUAGUAGUGCUGAGAGCCCUAACACUGUCUGUUCUGAAAACAUUAAGUGGAAUGUCAGAAUUUGAAAUGGCUUCAGGCUGCAAAAUCUGUGGGAAAGAAUCAGAAAUACUGUCUUGACAGAAUAGUUUCUGCUAACAUGACAAGUGACAUUUUAUAAUACAAUAUAAACUUAGACUUGAUUUGGGAGUCUCAUAAGGAACUCAUUAAGCAAACAAGUAAAACAUAACAUGUAAAAAUGGACCUAUAAAUCCAGUGCUAACUUUUUUUUUUAAUUUAAAGUGGGUUUCAUUAAAUCCAAGGAAAAUCAAAGCUUAAUAGAACGUGUACCUCUUUAAAAUUUAAUUCGAUAACUAAUACUAACUCCAUACUUCUCCGUAACUCUUUAUAACUGAAGAAAUCCAUCUCCUUAGACAAGUAAGACCACACAGUCAUGAUGAAACCCUAGGACAGUAUUGUCUACCUCAGGGGAAGGACUGUUUGCCUCAUUGGAAGCCAUUUAAUGGAAUACGUCAUGACUCAAUUAAGCUUGCCAUGGUUUGUCAAAAGGAAUUUUCCACCGUGUAUUUCUACAGAAGAGGCUGUUUACAUGUGAGUGACUACAGCACCAACACGAUAAACAAAAGCCAAAAGUGUGUUUCGCUAAAACCUAAGAAACAGGACCAUAGCACUUCAAUCUAGUUUUUUAAAACAGAAGGGAAUAUAAUUGCAGAUAAUAGUAAGAAUAGGCAAAAGCCAGAGGAAUUAGUGAUGGUGGGAGGGGGAAAAAGAGGGGAAUCAGCUUGUAUUAGCUUGUAAUUGCUUUUGUCUAAAUAUCUUCACUUACUUAUCCAAACAAGGUAUUAACCACCUUUCCAAAAAAGUACUUAAGGGCUAGAGAAAUGAGGAGGCUAGAGACUGUGGGCAUUCUCAUGAAAUGAUGCUGAUAGGCAAGGAUUGCAGAAUUUACCACUACUGACUCUCACAAAAAGAGGAGAGGGAUAUGGUGAUGACAACUAUCUUAAACCACUAGAACAUACUCUGUUUCGCAUUUUUAGUCACAAUUGUAUGGUAUAAUUAGCUGUUUCAUGUGGCACAUGGUAGAUACUCCUCUUAAGUUGAUUAUUAAAACAAAACAAAACCAAGCUUAAUUGCAGACCCUAGAUUGUACUCCCUGUGUAUAGCAAAUACAGGAAGCAGACACAAAUGUAACCACCUGUGUUCUUCAAUAAAUGGUUUCUCUGUCAGUGAGUUACAAUAAACUGUAAUUGUAGUCCCCGACAUACAAGAGACCAACACAGGCACAUCAUUUGAGCUUAGAGGAAAAAAGACCAAGCUAAGCAGCAUAGACAUUGUUGCAAAAGCGUCUCUAUAUAUGGGUUUAUCUUAGAUUCCAAUACAGAUACCACUUAAGUCCUUCACAUGAGGCUGUAGCUAGCCUAUGUGAGUGUUGUUUUUUAAGAUGUAUUUGUGUUAAUUAUGUAUAUGUAUGAUUGUGAGGGAGAGAAUAUGGGUAUAUGUGUUUAAGUACAGGUGUCCAUGGACGCUAGAGUCAUGGGAUCCCCUGGAAUAAGAGUUACAGUUGGCUGUCAGCUGUGGGUGUGGAUGCUAGGAACAAAACCUGGAUUCUGUGGAAGAGCAAUUAAGUACUCUUCACCACAGAACUGUCUCUCCAGACAUCAUGUGCUCUUUUGAACUACGUAGCUCAAGUAAACAUUUACAGUUACAUAUACAGUUAACUUGGUAGCUUCCUUCUCCAUUCAUGUAUUAAGUUGACAGAAGCAAUUUGAUAUAAUUUGUAAAAAGGUGAUUGCUGUAACAGGUUGAGUAUCUAUCUGACAAUCAGCCUGGGGCAGAACUUAUCUUAAGGUGAUGAAGAAGCUUUCAUCCGCCAGGGACGCUACAAUAAAACAGGGCUGAUACAUCACCAGAAUGGCGCUCUGUGUACUCUCUGUCUGGGCCGCUGUAUUCCUGGUUUCAACAUCUCUCUGGACAGCCUUUUUAAUAUUAUAUUUUCCUGAUUCCUUGAUUUAAUCUCCCCCAUGGCCUCUGUCUCCAUUAUGUUCAAUGCAUCAUAUGUCUGAGAAUCCCUAGACCUUGGCAUUAUUUAAACCAUACUGUCCAGUGGCCCUUUCUGCAUUUUUAACCCCUCAUUGUCCUAUUUUUCCUUCUCCUCUUCCUUGGGAUCCCAUUAGCUCUGAGGGGAGGGAUUUGAUGGAGAUCUCCAAUUUAGAUUCAGCAUAAUGUCUGGCUGUAGGAUCUAGAUAUUUUUCAAUACUUUUGUUUUCUUAUCAUAAUGUUCCUGUGUGCCAAUGAUAUAUAUACUUAGUUUGUUUAUAACCUACAGCCCCUCUGUUGAGACCUACUUUAGUUCACCUGCUUUCAUCUUAAGCAUAACAGAAACCAUUUUAUUUUUAAGUCUCCAUUUUGAUCCUAAGGUGAAAUUAAGUCAGGUUCUCAGGCUCUACCUGCCUGAGAAUUUGAAUAGACUUUUACUUACAUUCAAUACAUAUAGAAUGCUUGAAUUAAUGAUAUAUAUUCUACUUAAACAAAAACACAAUACACUGCUAUGUUCCUUUCUCCCAGAAUGGUGGGAAAUGGGAAGUCCCCAAGCCUAUAUCCUAGCCAAUCAGCUUAAAAUGCUUUGUCUGGCUACCUAGAUACAAUGUACUUGGAACAAAAUUGAUUCUUUUUGUGUUUAGCUAGUCAAAAUGAUGUAAUGCUGCCGUCUUCUUGCUUGCCACCUGGUUACCUGGUUGUUACCUGGUUACGGUAUUUUUUUUUCUUUUAUAAAAGGCAUAUUUUAUAAACAGACCAGUGUCACAGUCUGCUCCUCAGCCCAAAUUGUAUCCCUGACCAGUCAGUCUUUGUUCAGCAUUAAAUAAACUUCCAUGACUCUGAGUCUGGAGGUCAAGUGGUCAGUGUGCGGCUAUUCCUGAACUCUAAAAACUUUUUCCAUAGUGAAUUAAAAGAAUAGACUACUUUGAAAAUGGUUUUCACUGGUCUGAAAGAUGCAAAUUCAAUAGAGAAUCCAUGCUAUUAAGGGCAAGCUUAGGCAUCUAUACAGUGUGGAAGUUUUUCAAAAUGAAACACGUUCAAAUAAUCGAGUUGGGAUGCCAUUAAAUAAAUCAAUAAUUGUCUUAUGGAUGUUAUUUCAAACCUAUGAGGAAUAUCUAAGGGUAGAAAAGCAGAUUAGGCUGAAAUACGAAAAGUAACCAUUCCCAGGCACAUCAAAAACAGUCAGAAAUUGAUUGUAAGGUAACACUGAAGAAGCUAUAGAAAAGUCUUAUUUUUUUGUAAACAAAUGUUAAAUUUGAACUGUUUUUUUUUAAUGAAAAUUACUAUGAUCAUGAACUUCACUGACCUUUAAAUUGAUUGGCAGCAUUAAGUUGUCUCCAAACCUACUGAGCUUCAGUUGUCUAAUCUUUAAGUUUAAACAGAUUAACUGAAAGAAAAGUGAAUAUAUUCUGAGGUUUUCCUAUGUUCUAGGCCCUUCUCGAGGUAUUCAUAUUUGCUAAUUUAUUUAGUCUGAUGUCUUCUCCUUGGGAAUGUUCUCUGAACUUUACCUCUGGAUGAGGCAGACAGCUAGUACUGCAUUCAGAAGUCAAGAGAGCUGGAAGGUAGGACAGCAGUGGCAGAAUCAAAAGAACUUCAGGUGGAGUCUACUUGCAGUCUGAGCAGGCAGUGUGGGCACAUGAGUCAAUUCUAGGACCAAUGAGAAGACAGCCAUCUGUGUGAGGUUACCUACUUGGCAAAUAUUUUCCUCUGGCUAAAAGGACAUUCUAUUACUUCAUUAAGACAGAAAGCAUGUUUUUUUUUUUGUUUGUUUGUUUGUUUGUUUUAUUUUUUUGUCUGUCUCCCAGUAGCAGCAAACCAGACUUUGUUUUCAAGCAUGAAGAUGUUCUCUAUUUUGUAUCUAAAUCCUUGGUAAUAUAAAUUGAUCAAUUUUUAAAAGCAAAACAUUCUGCAGCCCUUCUCCCAUAUUUUCUUACAUCAUUUCUUUUACAAUAAACAGAAAGCUGUGUAAAAAAAAAAUGCCAUGUACAUUGUCAUUUUGUAUGACC